AUGAGAUCAGUUUUGCGAGCCACGAAGCUCUGCGCGGCGGCGACACGUCUUGCGCCAGGCCAUGGCUUCGCAACAUCCUCUCCGUCCGCCUACCAGGCGACACUUGAAAGGUAUUCUACCAGGAAAUACUCACCUCCCGACCGCAAAACAUCCAAAUACGACGUCUUCAGGAACAUGAUUCUCACUCAGUUCAACGUCGUCGUUGACAACAUGGGACGUUGGUCAGAGACCAAUACCGAGUACCGAAACUUUGGGGUCCGAAGCGAGUAUGGCCUCAAUAACGAAAUCGCCCUAUUCCGCGACACCAUACAAAAAGCCAUCGGCUUGGCCAACAAGGGUGCAACAUUACGCAAGGAGAACCCGUUGUUCUGGUCCCUACGAAACGCCUUCAUCCGUGGCGACGUCAAGGGCCUGACGGCAGAGCUGCGAUACUCGUUCCAGAGCUUCAUGCUGCGAUCGAAACUGACACACUCGACGGCGCGGCAGAGGAAGUUGGCUGAUUUGCGGUAUCCCAUGGAGUGGUUUCCCGCCACACGAGCCAUGCAGCGCACAAUUCACUUGCACGUCGGACCGACGAACUCUGGAAAGACAUAUCGGGCGUUGCAGGCUCUGAUGAACUCCAAGUCCGGUAUUUACGGAGGGCCUCUUCGUCUCCUGGCCCACGAGAUCUACUCUCGGUUCCAGGCCAACGGGAAGCCUUGCGCCAUGAUCACAGGCGAGGAGCAGCGCAUACCGGACGCCGAUAAUUACUUCAUCAGCUGCACCGUCGAGAUGACGCCUCUGAAUCGAAUUGUUGAUGUGGCGGUUAUAGACGAGAUUCAGAUGAUUGGCCAUGAUGAGCGAGGGUGGGCGUGGACUCAGGCACUCCUCGGCGUCAUGGCGAAAGAAGUCCAUCUCUGUGGCGAAGAACGAGUUGUCGACCUCAUCAAGUCCAUCUGCUCAAGUAUCGGCGAUAAGUGCAUUGUUCAUCGGUAUGAAAGACUCAGUCCGUUGCAAACGAUGGAGAAGAGUCUCGGCAACGAUCUUUCCAAUCUGGAAAAGGGCGAUGCCGUUGUGGCUUUCACGCGUGUCAACCUUCACGGUCUGAAGAACGCCAUCGAGGAGACAACCGGCCGUCGAUGCGCUAUUGUCUACGGUUCACUGCCACCUGAGACCCGUGCGCAGCAGGCAGCUCUGUUCAACGAUCCCAACAAUGACUACGAUUUCUUGGUGGCUAGCGAUGCCAUCGGCAUGGGCCUGAACCUGGAGAUCAAACGCGUGAUCUUUGAGACGUCAAUGAAGCACGACGGUACACAGUAUCGUUCGCUGACGACAUCCGAAAUCAAACAAAUUGGUGGCAGAGCAGGAAGAUACAAGACUGCUUGGCAGGCAGCUACUGCAACGAGUGAUGAAGCCAACCAAGUUGAAGAGAAGAAGGUUGGCUACGUUACAACGCUUGCUGACGAGGAUCUGCCCGCGAUUGCAAAGGGGUUCAACACUGAAACGGCACCGCUCGAGGCUGCAGGUAUUCACCCCCCAUCGCACAUUAUCGAGCAGUUCGCCGAAUACUUCCCUCCCGAUACGCCUCUCAGCUUUAUCCUCUUGCGAUUGCGCGAACUCGCGCCCGUCUCGGAGCGCUUCACGGUCUAUGUUCCUGAAAUCAGCGCCAAGAUCGCAGACACCAUCCAGGAGUUCCCCUUGACGAUUCAGGACCGCAUCACCGUUCUUCACGCGCCAAUCUCACUUCGGGAGCAGGGACAGAUGGACCUUCUCAAGGCCAUUGCCAAGUGCAUCUCGACGAGGAGCAACGGCGCCCUAUACGAUAUCCAGCCCAUCCAGCUGGAGCUGCUUGACGCCACGCUCGAAGACUUCAACAAUCAGGGAAGGCGGUACCUUCACGCCAUCGAGUCCCUGCACGCGGCCAUCACCUUGUACUUGUGGGUGAGCUACCGCUUCCCCAACAUCUUCACGAGUCAGGCGCUCGCGUUCCACGUCAAGGACGCCGUCGAGGAGAAGAUUGAGUUCUACCUCGAGAACAACGCCGUCUUCGACCCUGAGGUACACACCAAGGUCCGUGAGAAGCGACGCAGGGAGGCGAGGGCCAAGGAUAUGAAGGCGGAAAUGGAGGUGGAGCUACGCAGACUCCAAGAAGAGGAAGACGAAAGUAGUGCAGAGAAGCUCGCUGGUAUCGCGCCUUCCGAGGACGACUCUAUCGUUUUUGACCAGAGCUCUGCGGGGCUCGAUGAGCCUCUGGUGGUGGAUGAGAGUGAUUAUGAGACCGGGCUGAAAGACAAGGAGGAGAAGCCGAAAGAAGAGUCUGCCGCGACCCCUGCCGGUUACCUCACCGACCCCACCAUGUAUCCCAGUUGCUUUUGGAGGGGCAAAGUGACAUGGCAGCUCUACCUUGCUUGUCUUCUCAGCAACUCCAACUGGCCCGCGCCCUUCAUCCUACAUCACCCAAGCAAACGCAACACUCUGUCAAAUCCCUUUCACAAACCACACCCACACGGCGGAACGAGACAGCAAAAACACAAGUCCUCCACAAUGACAUCCACAAACCCCGACCCCUCCGCCGCAGCCCCGGCCUUCAUCCCCCUCGAAGCCAACCCGGAGCUCAUGACCUCCCUCCUCCACAAGCUCGGCCUCUCCCCGGCCCUCCAGAUCCACGACGUCUACUCCCUCACCGACCCGGACAUGCUCUCCUUCGUCCCGCGCCCCGCCCUCGCCGUCCUCCUCGUCUUCCCCGUCAGCGCCGCCUACGAGAGCCAUCGCCUGGCCGAGGACGCCCUGCUGGACGAGUACAAGGGCAAAGGCCCGCAGGAGCCCGUUUUGUGGUUCCGCCAGACGAUUAGGAAUGCGUGCGGUCUCAUGGGGUUGUUGCAUGCUGUUGCUAAUGGGCCUGCGAGGGAGUAUAUCCAGAAACCAUCCGACCUCAACACCCUGCUCGAAACGGCCGAACCCCUCGAACCCGCCUCCCGCGCCCAGCUCCUCGAGAAGACGCCCGCCCUCGCCACGGCGCACCGCGAAGCCGCGUCGCAGGGCGCGACCGAGGCGCCCGAGGCCUCGGACGACGUGGACCUGCACUACGUCUGCUUCGUGCGCGGCGACGACGGCACGCUGUGGGAGCUCGACGGGCGGCGCAAGGGCCCGCUGAACCGCGGCCAGCUCGAGUCCGGCGAGGAUGUGUUGAGCGAGAAGGCGCUGACGUGGGGCCCGCGCAAGUUCCUCGAGAGGGAGGGCGCGGAUUUGCGGUUUAGUGCUGUUGCGUUGGCUGGGUCUCUUGAUUGA